AUGCCCUUCCAUGUCAUCAUUUGCGGCGCAGGGCUUGCUGGACUCGGAGCGGCCAUCGCGCUGCGACGAAAGGCCCACAAAGUCACCGUCCUCGAGGCUGCACAGCAGCUUUCGGAGAUUGGAGCUGGCAUCCAAGCCCCUCCCAACAGCUGCCGUGUCCUGGAGAGCUACGGCAUCCUUGAUGACCUUGUCCGACACGUGGUGAGGCCUGAAUCCAUCCAGUUCAGACGGUACUCAUCUGGAAAGGUCAUCGGCAAGACGCCAUUGCGACCUACCAUGACCGACAAGUACGGAUUCCCCUACCUGCUCAUUCAUCGCGCCGACUACCAGGAGUGCCUCUUCGACCAUCCUCACGCCGACAAAGUCGAAGAGUCCGGGCCUAGAGUGUUCCUUAGCAGCGGCGAAGUGCUCAAGGCCGACGUGAUUGUGGGAGCCGAUGGGAUUCGGUCCAGGACGAGGGCUUGCGUGCUUGGUGGCGACGAUGCUUCACCCACGGCGUCAUCCAACUGCGCGUUCCGCGCCACCGUGCCCCGAGAUGUGAUGCUGGCCAACCCAGGCACUCAUCAUCUCAUUAAUGACGUUCACGCAAAUUGCUGGAUCGGCUACCAAAAGCACAUCAUGGCCUACCCCAUCCGCGGCGGACAACUGUACAAUCUGGUCAUGUCCCACCCUGGACACGCCUCGGUGGGCAAGUGGAACGAGGCGGGCAACAUGCUCGAGAAGAAGCAGCACUAUCGCACCUUUGACCCCGCGAUUCUUGCAGUGCUAGAAAACGUUGACUCGAGCCUCAAAUGGGAGUUGGCGGACCUGCCCGCGUUGCCGACGUGGGUGAGCAGCCAGAGUCGCGUCGUGUUAAUCGGAGACGCAGCGCACGGCAUGCUGCCGUACCUGGCGCAGGGUGCAGCCACCGCGACAGAAGAUGGAGCCUCCCUGGCCGAAUGUCUCAGCAGAGCGACCGAGGCAGAAGCGAUUCCGAAGGCGCUCGCCAUCUUCCACAACAUCCGCAAACCUCGCUGCGAAACCAUCCAGGCUCUGUCGAGGACAAAUGGGGACAUAUGGCACCUGCCAGACGGACCCGAGCAAAACCAACGCGACCAGUUCAUGACGGGGAUGACAGGCCAAACCAGAUCCGAGAGCGGAACUUCGGCGCAAAAGCCCAAUCGUUGGUCUGACAAUCAGCUUCAACCAUGGCCUUUUGGUUACGAUGUCAUCAAGGAAGUGAGACACUCCAUCCCGCAACGGCCAACGCAUUUUGCAGAGAAUUAG